AUGUCCAAGAGGUACUCUUGCUCUACCACCCGCUCUGGCCGGGUUUUCGCUAGGCGAUCUGUAGCCGUUCGGAAGAGUGAGAUGAUGGCUUUGGAAGAGAAAGAUGAAGACGAGGAAACGAAUGACGAUUCUGAGGAUGAACACGAACAGGAUGAAAGCUGCAGCCGCAUUGCAGACUUGGAAGGUAUGAUUUUACUCUUUAUUUUGAUUUUUUGAUUUUAGAAGAUUUUGAGCACGGUAGGGAAGUUGUCGAUGAAGAAAAUGCGCCAAGCGCAGGAGAGGGACCAUCAAACAUAUUAAAAAGGCAAAAAUCAAACAAAUCGGAAGAUACAGCGCCAGCGUCUUUUUCGCCAUGCUGUUCGAGAGAAAUUCUAGUUGAUGUUAUUACGCCUGAUAGAAACGAGGAAGAAAGUGUUGUACAUAUUUUAAACAAAACGAUUGAGACAAUAACAGUUAUUCAGCCGACCCCCGAGCUCAUUCGGGAGAGUAUCAGUCACGUGAAGCAUACUGGAAACUCAUUGCAGACAGAAAAAGAAGGCGGUGUUAAUUAUAAAAGUGUCGCCCUCAUAGACAACGUAGAAAAGACGAUUGGAGUUCAGCCAACAAUACCGGAAAAAAGUAUGGACAAGACAGAAAUUGAUAAAAGAGCCGGAAGACGGGCUCAAAAUGUCAUUGGUUCAAAACCUUCUGAGUUCCCAGAAUAUGUAAAUGGGGAGACAGUGGAAGCUAACGAUGGUAUAGUGUCAAACGAAUUGACGGAGAAAGGCAUUGUGAACGAUACGCCAUUAACUGAAGGUAGGAUUGUGCUUAUGUCAGGAUUACUAUCUUAGAUAAAGAGAACGCAGAAGAAAUCGAUUCUCCUGUUAUUCCUCCUCUAAAUGUUCAAAGUAAGUUAAUUUAUAUUUUUUUGUGAUGAAUUUAGGAACAAAACGAAGGUGCUCCGUGUUCCCUACUCAGUUAGUGAAGAAGUAUAAAUUAAAAGAUAUCAAGACGAAUGAGUCUCCGAUUCCAUUGGAUCAGGAGACUGGAGAACCCCAGAAAGAUGCAAGUGAUCGAAUUAUAAAUGGUGAAGGGAUCACUGUACCCUCGGGUAGUAAUGAGAACGAAGGGUCAGGCAGAGUUCUUGUGCGAUACAAAGGGAAGAGAUGCAAGAAGAACAGGAUAUUUGUGGUUACAGAUUGUGAGUCCUUGCGGCCUUUACUGCUUAUUUUUUUUGGGUAACAUUAACAUUUUUAGUGCAUCCAACACUAAAAGUAUCACCGCCAACAAAAUCGUGCUUUCGAAGGGAUACCCCCGAGUCAGAGGGAAGGUCCAAAACAUUCCGAUGGGCGGAUUCGAGGGAAGAUCAACCCCGUAAGUGACAUCUUGACCUUGAUUUAUCCGAACUUAGUUUGCGAACAGAAGGAAUUCGUGGAGGAGGGCUUCUCUCAUAACUUCCGGAAGACCACAAAACGACAAGUACUGUACAGCGAAAAUAUAUAA